UCUCGAAGUUAUUUGACUUCAUACCAUGCUACUCAGCACGUUCAGCUAGACUGUGCUGCCCCCUGGUGGCCAACAGAGUCAACGCACACACACCUGUGAUACUUCAUGAAAACUGUAUACGAAAAUAGAAACGAUGCUGUCCAUAAAAGAUGAAUAGUCCGAGGUUUUCUUUAAUAAUCUCGAGAUUAAAUAUAUCGUAAAUUGUGUUCUUUCCGUUCAAAACAAUACAUUUAAAUGUCAGCAUUUAAUUGACCAAAUGUGGAUCCGUACAGAAGUAUAUAAUAUGACUAAUUCCUUAAUUUGAAUAUCCCGUUUGGUAAUAUCAGCACACGGUAAAUCUGGCAUUUUUCAGAGCGCGAUCCGUACUGUAAAUGUACUUAUUAGAAAUUUUUCUAGGGAAGCGUGUCACGUGUCCCACCCCCUCCAUAGCAUAGCACAUAAUGGCUACCCAAACAUUGACUUUCCGACGGUAUCGGACCGAUUCUGCUCACACUGGCCAAAGCUCUACCUCGGACCGGGGUUAUCAAGGGGAUGAUGUCUCUGAACACCUUAUUGUCUUUAUCAAGGUGCGUUUGAGGAUAUAAAAUACAAACAUUUUUGCUGCUCGUUUAAUGCCCAACAUUGCCUAAAUAUAGGUCACACAAUUAAGCCUUGAGGUGCAAAAACCCGGGUGCGUGGUCUCAUUUCUGCAAAAACAAACCUACGCCAAAGCCUUAAUCAAGGGUCAAUGAAAGCGGAUCCAAUCGAUGGCUACGGUUUCUCCCGGCUCCCCGCUCGCCGUCGAAACUGCAGCCGUGUCAAAUUCGCCUUGCGUGCUCCCGGGUUGCGAAUGCCCACGUCCUCGGCACGAUAGCCCUCGUUAUUCCGGGCCAGCCGAGGGCUGUGGAGGGCGUGCGAGACACGGGCGGGGUGGGAGGGAUUUGGGCUCCGCCAUCCGAUUGUUUCUGUAAUCUUGAGCUUCUGGAAUUUUUAAUCCGCUCAUCUGGCUGCACGUUGGCGCCGAAGGGAGAGGCGUCGGGCGGGAGGGAGCGCUGGGGAGAGGCUGUUGAACGAUGAUCGUUUACUUUGAGAUUCGUAGCGCACGCUGAGUCUCGCUCAGGCGUGAACUGAAACCGCGGGGCUUCGCCGAAUAGCGAGCAUAAAUAUUAAACUAAUGAGAGAGAGGCAGAGCAGAGCAGGAGGUGGAGCCGGGGCUCAUUUGUGCGCGGAUAAAGGGAUGUGUCCCGAUUUGGGACACGAGAACGUUGCUUGGGAGUUAGCUCUAUUUACGCCUGCAGGCUCGUGGGUCGCCGCGUUCGCUUUGACCGGAGAAAGGGAGAGUCGUUUCUCUUUAGGACAACUUGUACUGGUUCUGCACUACUUUCGCGCUUAUCGAUCGGAUCAUGAGGGAUUAUCCGUGCCAAGUACAAGGUUUCAACAUGCAAAGCCCGAUUGCCCUUUGGCGCCCCGAUGGUGUUUAAGAUACGGAUCACAGUACACAGGACGUUUAGUUCAAGCUUUUAUAAAAACUCAGCACUCACACAGACCGGCGUAAACCUCUGUCUGUACACGGAGAUCAUUCUGUUUUAUAUGAUAAAAGACCCUAACAUAAUAUAUCUUAGAUUUUAUAUGAUAAAAGACCUUAACAUAAUAUAGCCUAGAUUUGGAUGCAUAUAGGAUGCAUCCAGAAAACAGCAGAAGCAGCGCUGACAACAGUCAAAUCGGCAACGGAACGCCGGAGACCCAGAAUGGAGCCGAGACCAGGGCGGCGGUACCCCCGUCUGAGCUGCAGACGGAGCGGGACGGUCAGCGGUCUUGCUCCGCAACGCAGCAGCACUAUUCGCUCAAACCCAAGGAGAGCGAAACCGACGGGCAAGGAGUACAUUGGGAGGCGGAGGGCAAACCACAUCCCGAGGACAGCACGGUGCAACUGAUGGACACUGCGGGCUCCGACAAGCAUCCACAGACGGGCCCCGUGCCCACGGCGCCGAGCGGGCACCAAGGCCAAGGGUUCGUGCCGCCCGAGGGGGGGUUUGGAUGGCUCGUGGUCUUCGCCGCUACUUGGUGCAAUGGCUCGAUCUUCGGAAUACAAAACUCUUUCGGAAUUCUGCACAUGAUGUUGAUGAAGGAACACCAGGAUACGACUGACCAGACGUCACAGUUCAGAGUAGCAUGGGUGGGGGCCUUAGCCAUGGGAAUGAUAUUUUUCUGCUCUCCGGUGGUCAGCAUAUUCACGGAUCAUUUCGGCUGCCGGAAGACUGCUGUGGGCGGAGCUUUUGUCGCCUUCCUUGGACUCCUCAGCAGCUCCUUUGCCACGACGCUAGGACUGCGCUACUUCACCUACGGCAUCCUGUUCGGGUGUGGCUCCUCCUUCGCCUUCCAGCCGUCCCUGGUCAUUCUGGGCCACUACUUCCGCCGUCGUCUGGGUCUGGCUAACGGUGUGGUGACGGCUACCAGCAGCCUCUUCUCCAUGGGCCUGCCCGUUCUGCUCAAGAAGGGGGCGGAGCCUCUGGGCCUUCCCCGAACCUUCCAGAUCCUCAGCCUGUUCAUGCUGAUCCAGUCGCUACUGGCCCUCACCUUCCGGCCACUGCUGCCCCCUGGAGGGAGCACAGCAGAGGGCGCUGGCACUGAGGGAGUGACCGAGGGGGGCGGGGCUCCGGGGUCGGCCAAUGGCGGCUGGUGGCGCAGAAACAUGCUGAAGCUGAGGAGGUAUUUCAACGUGCGUGUCUUCAGCAUCACGACGUACCGCGUGUGGGCGUUUGGAGUUGCCACGGCCGUGCUGGGAUACUUUGUGCCCUACGUUCACCUGAUAAACUUUGUGAAGGAGCGGUUCGGUGACACGAAGUGGGAGUGGGUGCUGCUGGUGUGUAUCGGGGCGUCUUCAGGUGCCGGACGCCUACUCUUCGGGAAAGUGGGUGACCUCAUUCCUGGUGUGAGGAAAAUCUACCUGCAGGUGGCCUCUUUCAUGGUCCUUGGUCUGAUGUCAAUGAUGAUCCCCCAGUGCAGAGUUUUCGAGGGUCUCGUGGUGGUCCUUGUCUUCAUGGGCUUGUGUGAUGGUUGCUUUAUCACCAUCAUGGCCCCCAUUGCCUUCGAGUUGGUAGGGCCCAUGCAGGCUUCCCAGGCUAUUGGCUAUAUGCUGGGCCUCAUGGCUGUACCAAUGACAGCAGGUCCUCCCAUCGCAGGUCUUCUCCAUGACUACUUUGGCAACUACCACGUGGCAUUCUACCUGGCAGGCGUGCCCCCAAUGGUGGGUGGCAUCGUGCUGUUCUUCGUGCCGAUGGCAUAUCGCCGGCUGCAAGGGCGGCAGGGCGAGGCGGCCGACCCCGGUUCCAACCCCGGUGCCGAACCCGGUGCCGACCACAUGCUGAAAAACUGCUCCAACGGGGACAUGCUGCCUGGCUACACAGACAUGGAGGCUGACAUAUGACCCACAGCUGAGCCCACACAGAGGGACUUAUUUGACCAGCCGUGUUCCUGGUGAUCUGGAGAUGUGUGUGCGUGUGUGAGAGAGAAAGAGAGAUGUAUGAAUGUGUGUGUGUGUGAGAGAGUGAGAGAGAGAGAUGUGUGCAAGUGUGUGUGUGAACGUCGCUGAGCUUGUCCCUCCUCGGAUCAGAUCACAGAUCAUACAGACUUCCUGCCUAUUCCUACUUUCAAAUCAGGAGAGGUGACCUGUGCAACUAUCAAACCUGCCCGCCUCUCUGAACACCCCCUCCCCACACGGCACUGGGGCACUUUAGGGAGGUGUUUCCAGGCAUCAACACUACCUCUGUCCCCUGUGGUGUUUCCGGAAGGAAACAAAUUGAUACACGCACACACGCACAUGCACACACACACCACAAGGGUUGAAACCCACAGGAACAGAGAUGUUCAGUCCAGUGAGCAUACAUCAUUAGAAGCAGUACUAGCAGCUUUGAGUCAGGGCUAAAGGAAAAGCCAAGACAUCUCUGACUUUACAGGGGAAAAACAUCUGUACACUUUACAUGGAAAAAAAAACAUCCGUAAACUUUAUAUGGGACAUACAAACAUCUGUAUACUUUACACGGGACAGACAAACAUCUCUACAAGACUUUUGGUCACAUCUUUUUUGGUUUUUCUUUUUAUUCCUUUGUGUAAACAUCUCAUUUUAUGAGUUCCUAGUUUCCAGAAAAUGUACCUUCUCCCUCUCCUCCACAGCACAGCCAGGUUUUCCAUGCUGUGUAUCUGCCCUGGACUUUGAUAACCUGCUUCAUGGUCAUUUGAAACAACACACACCGAUCAGCUCCAUCAAGCGCUAGUGUCACGCCGAUCGGCUCCCUCAAGCGCUAGUGUCAGGCCGAUCGGCUCCCUCAAGCGCUAGUGUCGUACCGAUCGGCUCCCUCAAGCGCUAGUGUCGUACCGAUCGGCUCCCUCAAGCGCUAGUGUCGCACCGAUCGGCUCCCUCAAGCGCUAGUGUCGCACCGAUCGGCUCCCUCAAGCGCUAGUGUCGUACCGAUCGGCUCCCUCAAGCGCUAGUGUCGCACCGAUCGGCUCCCUCAAGCCCUAGUGUCGCACCGAUCGGCUCCCUCAAGCCCUAGUGUCGCACCGAUCGGCUCCCUCAAGCCCUAGUGUCGCAACGAUCGGCUCUCUCAAGCCCUAGUGUCGCACCGAUCGGCUCCCUCAAGCGCUAGUGUCGCAACGAUCGGCUCUCUCAAGCCCAAGUGUCACACCGAUCGGCUCCCUCAAGCACUAGUGUCGCACCGAUCGGCUCCCUCAAGCCCUAGUGUCGCACCGAUCAGCUCUCUCAAGCCCUAGUGUCGCACCGAUCAGCUCCCUCAUGCACUAGUGUCACACAGAUCGGCUCCUUCAAAGACACACUGUAAAGAUGGUAUUCCAUGGUAUUCUGUGGUAUUACAUCUAUGUGGACUCACUACAGGUCUCAAGGUUUUUCUAUGCAGUAACAAAACUCAAGCUGUGCCAGUGUUUUAGGUGCAGUCAUCUCCAGCGUAACACUUACAACUAGCCAGCUCCUCUAAUAACGCCUUACUUGCUCUAUGUUAUAAUUGUGUUAUACCGCUGGCCUGUUCGGUGAUAAGGGCCCACUUCAGAUAUAGCUUUCAUAAAGGAAUAUCCCUUUGCUUGAAGUAUGAUAGUCAUAUUAUGUUACUUAUUUUUAUUUGUGUUUAAUUUUAUUUUAUCAGAGAUUUUUUUUAUUUAAAGGCUUGUAACUUGCAUUUGGGAAAUGCUAAGAUUGGUUGUUUAUGUCUGGUGAUAAAAAAGAGAAGUAACUAACCCUUACCCCAGUAAUUGACCGGUGUUGGCAUUUUGUGUCUCGAAGACAAUCAGAGUGUAAUUCAGAGGGUCUGUAUAUAAAUGGACAAUCAGAGUGUGAUUUAGUGGGUCUGUAUAUAAAUGGACAAUCAGAGUGCGAUUUAGUGUGUCUGAGUAGGAAUGGACAAUCAAGGUGUGAGUUAGUGUCUCUUAAUAUGAACAGGAGAUGCUUCUGGCAUUUUAAAUGCAGUGUUCGAAGUCAAGCUGUAGGUCAGUAUUUGUGCUAGGAUAUUUGAAACUGAGAAACACCUCAAGAUACUAUUCUGUUGUCCUUUAUUUUCUUCUGUUCAUUUUUGCCUUUUAUCUUUGAUCAGUGAUAAAGAACAUUUACUUUGACUGGUCAAAAAA